CCAGCGCGCGCGCGCUCCGCGGUACAGUCGCGGGCUGAUGUGCGCGCGCGCUGCUUGUACCCGCCUGUAUCGCUGUACGCGCCUGUACCGCCUGUGGAAACUGCGACGGACGAGCAAAAAAAAUAUCGACAGAUUCAAAAAGUUGUUCCAAUAAAAUGGCGCGAAUUCUUGGAAUAUUUUUAAUUUUUUUGGUGUUCCAGCAUGGUUCCCCCCGCGGGCUACCGGAGCAGGCGGUGGUGAGCUACACCACGCUGCCCUCCACCCCGCCCCACCAGCACCAGCAGGACGUGUACCACCAGAUCGCCAACAAUAUCGCCGAGAGAAUCACCUCUCCCAUAUACAGAUUCCUCGGCUUUGGCAACGCCACAGCAUCAGCAUCAACCACCAAAGCCCCAUGGAAGGAUGUAGAAAUUCUUGACGAGCCAGAGGAAAACACCGAUGUCAUGGUCGACAACGACAUAUCGAGCACGAAAGACGUAGAAGAACUAUCACCAGAGGCUUUGAAGAAGAUAGACAGAAAGCCAGAGAAGAUAACGCUGUUCUCCAGCUAUCUGCCCAGUGAUAAGGCUAAUGUAGUAGCUAAUACCACAGAAGAAGACAAUAUUGAGACGUUUGGCUUCGAAGAUGAUGGGGUAGAAGACGAUUCGACCUACAAGCCAAGAGAUGGGCCCUUCGUAUACAUUUUGGAGCUGCUAGGUAGCUUCUUUACUCUCAUAUACGGUGGUAUAGUUUCGCUCUUCUCUGGUAGUAGGAGUUCGUAAAUUGAUAUAUAUUUAUUUAUUUAUAUACAGACAACAUAUUUUAUAAAAACGUCUCAUUGUUUUGAU